UUGGUGUCGGAGACUUGUAGAGUGGUGGUGGACUUGACAUGCUACGGGUCGCUAGGCUGCACGCUUUUGUUCGCUUUCCACGGCCCUCGCUCCGGGGAAGGAAGGAAGCCCCCCCUGCUAUUUAAGCACGCGGAGGAGCCCUGUCUCGUCGACCCACACUUCCUCGCUCCGCUCUUCUUCGCACUCUCUCGCUCGGUCGGGGUCUCUCUAGCCGCAUCGGCCGGCUUUGCUGCUGCGCCAUGGAGACGGCGCAGGAAAGGGAGGUGCAGCUGCUGCAGGGGAGGCAGGCGUGGCCGUUCCACAUGAUGGGGAUGGGGAUGGCCGCGCCCGGCGGCGGCUGCUUCGACGGCUACGGCGGCGGCGGGGGCGACUGCUUCGUGCUCGGGUGGGAGCAGCAGCAGCAGCAGCCGGCGCCGGCGCCGGCGUUCGGCUGCUUCGGCCUCCUCGCCGCCGACGUCCACGACCUCUUCCCACUCUUCGCGGGCAUCGAGUCGCCGUUGCCGGUGGUGUCCUCCUCGGCGCUGCUGGCCGCCCCGCCGGCUCCGGCGCACGACGCGGUGGCCGCAGUCCCCGGCGAGCUCGACGACUUCCUCCUGAACUUCUGGGACGCGAGCUGCCACGACGGCGACGUGGGCGAGCAGCGGCACGACGACGACGCCUUCAAUUCCAGCAGCGUCACGCACGAGCAGGAGACGACGACCUGCCCCGCUGCUGCCGCCGCUGCCACCGCCACCAACUCCUUCUUCCACUACGACGAUGGCGACGAUCCCUUGAGCUCCAUCUUCUGCGCCGGGCCCACGCCGCUCCCCGCGGAGAAAGCGGUGCCGUUCCAGGCCCCGGCGGCGGAGCCCCUCCUCAGCUCGUCCUCCUCCAACUCCAACUCCCGCGGGGACGCGGUCGGGGGCCGGGCUCAGGGCGCCGCGGCCACGCCGACGCCGGGCGCCUCGCGGGCGCGGACCCCGCCGCUGCCGAGGAGCUCCGCCUCCACCCCGUCGCUGAAACGCGCGACACGCGAAGCAGCGGAGUCGUCGGCGGACCAGGCGGCGGAGUGCGGCCAGAGCGAGAGCAGCAAGCGGCGGAGGACGGCGGCAGCACCGGCGGGGGUGCUGUGCCCGUUCGCGCUGCUGAAGCCCGACGGCCUGGACGGCGGCGCGACGCUGGCGGACAUCAACGCGCGCAUCCUGAUGCGGCCCGCGCGCCCCGUCCGGCACCCCGUGGGCGAGUUCGCCUGCGCGCCGCGGGUGUCGGCCGACCAGCCCGGCAUCUCCGGCAAGGCCGUGUCUAGCUUCACGCGCCUGCACACCCCCGGCCGCGGCACGAUCACCAUCAUAAGGACGCGAGGCUAGUGGCGCAAUUGCUGCUGCUGAUGAUGACGAUGAUGUAGGUUAAUUAGCUAGCCUGGCUAAGUGACUGGACCUCCCAGCUGCAAUGCCGUGUAAAUUAUAUGACGAGGAGUAACUUGUAAAUCGAACGAAUAAAUCUGAUCUUCCAAUGUGUCUCCAGUUCUUCUUCCUCCUGCGUGCACCCGGAACCCGAAUUCUUUUGCCCAGGGAGAGGAGAGGGGCUGAAUCAAUCUGAGAACUUUCGUUAGAUCGUUCGGCUGGCGCUGGCAGGGGCAAAG